CCACUGCCGCCCGAUCCGCCGCCGCCGCCGCCGCCCGAGGACAACUUCUUCGGCGGCGGCGCCGCAACGAAGCCAGCCGCUGCGCCAUCAAAGCUCGGUCGCAAGGUCGGCGGCGUCGGCAUGAAGCUGGGCAGCAAGCUGGGCGGGAGCAAGCUGGCGCGUCCGAACAAGCUCUUUGCCUCCGCCAGUGCCGGCGACCUUGACGACGAUGCGACGCCAAAGCCGGAGGCGCGCGCCGCGGCCCUCCCGCGUCCCGGGCUCGCGUCUCGCGCGCAGCUGUCGUCGCCGACGCCGGGGCGCUUCGUCCCGACCGGAGCGGACUCGCUGCACGGCGCCGCCGCCGCCGCCGCCUCGGCCGCUGCCGCGAUUGGCCAGUCGCUGGGCGCGGCGCCGGCCGCUGCGCCGGCCGACGCGGCCGCUGCGCCGAGCAGCAGCGGCCGGUCGGGGCGAUGGGGCCCCGGGCGGGCGGCGGCGCCUGCCGCCGCGGCGGGGGCGGGGGAGGCUUCGGCGUCGGGCGAGGCGGAGGCGGGCGAGACGCGGCGCGGCAGCUACACCUUUGGCCGCCGGUACGAGGUUGGGACCCUCAAGCGGCUGCGCGACUCCGAGGCGGCGCUUCGCUCGAUCGACGUGUACGAGAACCUCGGCGUGGUGGGGCGGGGCGCCUUCAACAAGAUCUACAAGGCGCGGCACCGAGAGAGCGGCGAGCUGGUCGCCCUCAAGGCGAUGCAGCUGCUGCCGAGCAGCGGGGUCGACGUGGACGAGGGCGUGCCGGUGCGGGAGAUGUCCAUCCUGCUCUCGCUCCGCCACCCGAACGUGGUGCGCGUGCACGAGGUGGUCCUCGACCAGCAGCAGAUGUUCCUGGUGAUGGAGCUCGUCGAGUACGACCUCGGCCUGCUCAUAGAGCACAUGAGGACGCCCUUCGCAGAGGCGCAGGCUAAGUGCCUCUGCAUGCAGCUCCUCUCCGCCCUCGCCGCCGUCCACGCCACCUUCACCCUCCACCGAGACCUCAAGCAGACCAACCUUCUUCUCGACCGGAACGGCGACCCGCCACUGUGCGACUUUGGGCUCUCCCGUCGCGCGAGCGGGCUGCCGGGCGCGCAGCCGUGCACGCCGGACGUGCAGUCGCUCUGGUACCGCGCGCCCGAGGUGCUGCUGGGCGAGCGGCGGUACGGCAAGGCGGUGGACAUGUGGUCGCUGGGCUGCAUCCUCGCCGAGUGGCUGCAGCGAGGCGCGGCAGCUUGCGCUCGGAAGGGGCGGGGCGCGAGAGGGGAGAACGCGGGCGGGCACUGCUGGCGGGGGAGGGGGCCUAGGGGGGGGGGGAGCACCCUCUCCGCCUCGAGCGGCUCCGCCCCGGCCUCUGCUCAGGCGAGCCCCUCUUCCAGGGGACCUCCGAGGCGGAGCAGGUGA